UUAUUCGUGAACGCGCAGGAGCAGCAAUGGCCGCUGUCGAUCGGCGAAAUCCUAAUCUCGAUGAUUUUGUUGGAUUAAACUGGAGUUGCUGGGUAGAUAGAGUGAAUAUUCAAUCAUCUGACGCUUUUUCUAAUGUAGAAGACAGCAGCAAGUAUGACAGAAACCACUCUGAAACCAUGACCCUCAGCAAAGAAGAUAUGGCCAUAUAUGGCCACUGUCCAGCACAUGAUGACUUCUUUUUGGUAGUGUGCAGUCACUGUGGUAAGGUGGUGAAGCCUCAGGCAUUUGAGGAACACUGUGAAAAGCAUCACAGUGCUGUCACUAAGAUGUGUGGCCAGCCCUACACCUUAACGUCACAGCAGCAGCGACUUGGUCGAUCACCUUCAAAUGUGACAUCCUCCUUGCCCCGAGAGAGGCUGAAGGAGAGUAAAUGUCUGGAGACCAGUGUCCGAUCUUCAUCCAAUCAGCACAGGUCUACAAAGACCCAGAAGGAGGCAGUAAGUUUACCUCCAGCGGAAAAGUUCCCUCAGGAGAAACCUUCCCCUGUACCCCCGUCCUCCUCUGCACCUCGACUCAGGGCUCAGCCAUGGCUCUCAGAGCCCCUGCUGUCUGGCCACUGUUCCUCCUCUUCCUCCUCAUCAGAAAGACCUUGUGUGCAAAAGUCCACAGCAGGACAAGCAAGUGAGCCUAACAGUUCUCUGCGGGGAACGAGAACCUACAGCCGCAUUUACAAAAACAUCAACAAGAAAGAAUGUGAACUGAACAAACAAUGUGGAGGUCUGGAUCUGGAAAAGAAAAAGUUGGACUCCAUCCCACAGCAACAGAGAGUGCUGGGUAGGAGUAAAACCUCUGACCAGGCAUCAGCAGAGCAGCGAACAGCCUCAGCAAGUCAAGAUCUGGAACAGCUUCCUAUGAAAUCGAAAGGCACAGAGCAGCUUUUGGACGCUUUUGAUGAAAAAAUAACAUCUCGAUGCAGUAAAUACAGCUUUAACAGUAACUACAACAUUCUCAGGUCAAGGGAUGCAUCAGAAAACUUUCCAGAGGAUGAUGGUGACAACACUGUAGAGGUCAAAGUACAGCCACCCUAUCCAUUCAAUCAGAGCCUAUUCUCCAGUGAGGAGAGUGAGGAUGAGCAGGAGGAGGCCACUGAGUUACCUGCCACGUCCUGGCACCCCAAACCUAUGGGGCUAUGCACUUUUGGAUGCCGCACAUUUGGAUGUAGCAUCUUCACCUUCGACCGCCGUUUGCACCACCUGCGGUUUGCCCUCAGUGCCAUGUUGGAGCAGCAUGUCAACACACACUUAUGGAAGAGAAUGCCUCAAGUGUCAACGGGUCUCAGGUCACAUCAUCCCACACCUUCAACACUAGGCUCACCUGUCAGGACCAGUACCAGACCUAAUCCAUCUGGUUCCCUUAGCCUUGAGUCUACCUCACUUGGAAAACUUGAAACCAAAAACAGUUGCUCCAACCCUCACAGUACCAAACCACCUUCUUCCACCAGCUCUGUGAGCUUUGGCCUGGGCCAUGAGCGCAGUCCUGUUGGGCAAGCUACUAAGGCUCGGCUGGGGAAGGUGGAGCUUAUGCAAAAUACAAAAACUGCACAAAGAUCUACCAAACUGUCUCACAGCACUGAGGACAAACCCUCCAAACAUAUCAGGGAUCACCACAUCAGUGAGAAGGUCCAGCCUUCAUCUCGCGUAUCAGUAAAUGGUACCUUCUCAAAGAAGUCAUGCCCUCCACUGCCACUACAACCAUCAGAGAGACACUCAUCCUGUUUGGAGAAGUCUGCUCUACACUCUCUGGUUCACCAGCCUCCACACAGCAGCCGAGCAAGACCUCCAGGGAUUCAGCAGAAUGUUGGAAGCUUUGACCAGAGAGGUCACAUUCAGAAGCGAAAGAGCAGCAAUCAAUCACCAGCCCCCAGGAUGUCCAAGUGUCAGCGCUCAUCCUCCCCCUCCUGCUCCAGCCUCCUCUCCUGGGAGAAAGAGAGCAUCAGUGAUGUGCUGGCAUGGGGUCAGGAGAAGAGAUCAGACCCCUGAAGAAUAACACACAAGGCCAGCCUUAAAGACCAGGUGCUGCCGGCACAGUGUGAGUGUAUGGAUGUGUGUAUGUUUCUAUUCACAUGUAUUUAUCUGUUCAUAUUUUUAUGCACCGACAUGAGGAAUUACUGAAGUAUUGUUUGCAUAUUACUGUAUGUAUUAUUGCGAAAUGUCUAAUUUUCCUAUUUUUAUACCUGAUGAAUUGUCUCAGUUGAUAACCUGUGUAAGAGCAGAGAAAUACCUCGAUGUACUCAUUAUGCUGCUAAAACAAAAAUGUAUUGAUUCCAUGGCAAAACAAUAAAAAACUUGAAUAUUUCUAACAA